AUGUUUGACACUAUGGGUGCCGCUGGAUCAGCGGAUGAUAUUAAUGCCUUGGAAAUUCAUCACUGGUACACUAAAUUCAUGAAGGAGUGCCCAUCUGGACAGCUUUGUCUGCAUGAAUUUAAGCAUGUCCUGGAUCUGCAUGGACUUACUCCAGAAGCUAACAAUUACGUUGAACAAGUAUUUCACACAUUUGACAUGAAUAAGGAUGGUUUUAUAGACUUCUUGGAGUUCAUAGCUGCAAUAAAUUUGGUUAUACGAGGGAAAAUUGACCAAAAAUUGAAAUGGUAUUUCAAAUUGUAUGAUGCUGAUGGAAAUGGAUGUAUUGACAAAAAAGAACUAUUAAGCAUAUUCACGGCUAUCCAGGCUAUUAAUGGCUACACUGACAUGUCUGCUGAAGAAUUCACAAACAUGGUAUUUCAGAAGAUAGAUGUGAACAAUGAUGGGGAACUGACCUUAGAAGAGUUUAUCAGUGGUGUGGAAAGAGAUGGGAAUCUACUGGAACUGAUCACAAAAAGUUUUGACCUUUCCAACGUACUCAAAGUCAUACAGAAUGGCAGGAGGCACAGCAUCUGA